GCGCCGCCUCGGCCCCAUUGUGCGGCGCGGCCGCGGCUCCCCGGUGCCGGCCGCCAUCUUGUGCCGGAGGGGCUCCGCGCCGGGCCGGCGCCUCCGCAGGGCCGGGGCCGCCCACCUGCCGAGAGGGGCCGCGGCGGCGGGCGGCGGGGCAGCCCCUGCGCGCCGGGCCGCGCCCGAGCCGGGGGAGCCUCCCCUGUGCCGCUCCUCCCCGGGCGCUGCCGCGCCCUGAGGCGGCGGGAAGGGCUCGCCCUUCGGCGACGCGGCGGCCCCGGGGCCGAUGCUCGGCACCUCGCCGCGGGACGCAGCCGCCGCGCCGGGCCGGGCGUGAGGGGCCGCUCCGCGCCGCCUCCCGCCGCGUCUCCCCGCCCCAGCCCGCUUUAGCCGAUGCGGCCGCCGCCGCUCGACGAGCGCCUGCCCGGGCCGCGGGCGUAGCGGCGGGUGCUGCCAGCGCCGCUCCCGAGGAGGCGGGCGCCCGCCGCCCACCGGCCGCGGAUCAGGAGACCGAGGGCCGGCCCCGAGGAGCCGCUGCCGCCGCUUCCCGCCCCAUCAGGCGAGGGGCAGGACACCCACCCCGAGCGCGGCGCCGCGCCCCGCCCGCCCCAGCCGGCCGGCGAACCGGGCCGCCGCCGCCGCCGCCGCACCAUGAAGAUCAAGGACGCCAAGAAGCCGUCUUUUCCAUGGUUUGGCAUGGACAUUGGGGGAACUUUGGUGAAACUUGCAUAUUUUGAACCUAUUGAUAUCACUGCAGAGGAGGAGCAGGAAGAAGUUGAAAGCUUGAAGAGCAUCCGCAAAUAUCUGACUUCCAAUGUAGCCUAUGGAUCCACUGGCAUUCGAGAUGUUCAUCUUGAGCUGAAAGACCUAACGAUUUUUGCUCGAAGAGGAAACUUGCACUUUAUUCGAUUUCCAACUCAUGAUUUGCCUACUUUUAUCCAAAUGGGAAGAAAUAAAAACUUUUCAACACUACAUACGGUGCUCUGUGCCACUGGCGGUGGCGCUUACAAGUUUGAAGAAGACUUUCGCACAAUUGGAAACCUCCAGCUGCACAAACUGGAUGAGCUUGACUGCCUUGUCAAAGGCUUAUUGUAUAUAGACUCUGUCAGCUUCAAUGGCCAGGCAGAGUGCUAUUAUUUUGAAAAUGCCUCAGAUCCUGAGAGAUGCCAAAAGAUGCCUUUUAACCUGGAUGAUCCAUACCCAUUGCUGGUUGUUAACAUUGGUUCAGGAGUCAGUAUUUUAUCAGUCCAUUCCAAAGACAACUACAAAAGAGUAACUGGAACAAGUCUAGGUGGAGGGACCUUUCUUGGUUUAUGCAGUUUGUUGACGGGCUGUGAAAGUUUUGAAGAAGCUCUGGAAAUGGCAUCUAAAGGAGACAGCACACACGCUGACAAGCUGGUUCGAGAUAUUUAUGGAGGAGACUACGAAAGAUUUGGCUUGCCAGGAUGGGCUGUAGCAUCCAGUUUUGGAAAUAUGAUCUACAAAGAGAAGAGAGAGUCUGUUAGUAAAGAAGAUCUUGCAAGAGCCAUACUGGUCACCAUCACCAAUAAUAUUGGGUCUAUUGCCCGGAUGUGUGCAGUAAAUGAGAAAAUAAACAGAGUUGUGUUUGUUGGCAAUUUUUUACGUGUGAAUACUUUGUCAAUGAAGCUUCUUGCAUAUGCACUGGAUUACUGGUCAAAAGGCCAGCUGAAGGCCUUGUUCCUAGAACAUGAGGGAUACUUCGGAGCUGUCGGUGCUCUUCUUGGGCUGCCAAAUUUCAGUUGAGAUACCAGAUGUCACUACACUGAACUAUUUUCCACCUGAAUGACAUUUGUUUAUGGCAAGGGGAACUAAAUUUGGGGAGGGGAGAAGAAAAUAGCAGAUUUUCUGUAACUGUUUUUAAGAAGUGAUUAGCUACUGAAUGUUGCCAUUAUAAGAAAGGGGGUUUCACUCUGUUGGGCACUGAAAGUGAACUGUUUGGGGAUAUCGUUUAUGUUCUUUGGUACAUGUAGCCAGUAUCAAACUUUUAAUAUGCAAUACACUCUCUGAAAACAAGCUUCCAGAAGAAGGAAUGCCAAACCUUUAAGUGCUCAGCAUCACAAUAUUGCAAGUUUACUUCUGAGUAUUUAAGCCCGUCAGUUUUAUAUAUAAUUGAUCAAUGAAGAAUUAUUUUCAUUAAUUAUAGCUAUAUUAUGAGCACAAUUUGCAAUGUGUGCUUACAAGAAACAACUUUAAAACCAGUAAGCUACUAUCUACGAGAUGAGGGAACUGUAGACAAUUGCUUCCCACAGUAAGAACAGUAAUUAUUUUUAUGUGUAAUGGAAAUAAUAUUAAUGCUUUAAUUUUCAGUGGAAGACUAGCAACACAAAAUAUCAGCCAAAGCAGCAGAUUAAGCAGUUGCUACUUUGAAGGUUUUGUGAAGAUAUUCACUUGCCUUCUUUAUUUGUUUAAAGAUGCAGCUGGUAUUUUGGGAAGAUCCCUUCGGUCUGGUUGGAUUUGGAAAAGAAUGUAAUGAUUACUGAAGGCAGAUUUUGGGGGCUUGGUUUUGUUUUUUUGAGGACAUGACUUUUAAAAUGCCUUCUGGGUUUUUUUGGUGUCUCUUACAAAAUCUGACAUCACGAGUCAUUAUUUGUAAAGAUACCACAAAGCUUGAGAGAACUGAAGAUAUCCUUAUAAAAUAGACUUAAUAUGGGACCUCAUAAUUCUGAUGCUUUGGCUCAUUUCUGUGGAAGUUUGGAAAAUUUCUGCCCCAUCCUACUAAUCUGAAAAUGUGAUUUCUCCUUAAUUUUAUCAGAGUUGAUCAAAAUCUAAUUAGAUGGCAAAAAUGAAAGGUGGUUAGCUUGCUUUUGGAUUUGGAAGUUUGUUUUUGAAAGCUGAGGACAUCAUCAGAGUUUGUAUUGCAGCACCAAAUGGACCAAUAUUUAGUGCACUUGCAAUAUGGAAACAUUUAUCAAAUUGUGGCCUUUGGAUAAAAUCCGUACUCUGGAACUGAUUUUUGAGUUUUUCUGUAUACUUUUAAAAUUUACAGUUGUGAUUAUUGUAAUAAGUUUAGUCCUGAAGCCAGGGCAUGAAAUCUUCAACUUGUAGGACUAUUAAACGGUCAUUAGCUAUAUGACUCUUUGUGGACUAAAGACCUACCCAAUUUUAUGAUACCAUUUUAAUGUUAAAUAUUUCCUAUAAGUGCAUGAGAGCAACCAGACUAGAACACAUUCAUAUCUUGGGUUUUAAGGUAUUUUUAAAACUGAUCGCUCAAGUAUUCCACAGCAUGGAUGUGUUGUAUUCAUGGACACAUCCACCUAGUGUGUUAGAAACCUCUGUGUGCUAUUUUCAGUCUUCUUUCUUUUCUUAAAAUUCAAAGCCCCAUACCAACAUCAUAUUUUGGGGUUGUUUUUUUUUUUUUUAUUUCUGUGGUCCCUUAAGAGUACAGUAACUUAGAGUAGCCUACGCAUUAAGCCCAAUGCCAAUUGCAAAUGCAGUUCCAUUUAUUGUUGCUUUUUCUGGUACUCAUACUACAUUUUCAUUGUGCUUGCUUUGAUGUUUUAUUUUAGGAAAAAAAAAAAAACAAAAGCACCACCAAAACCCCCCAAAAUUACACUCACAGUUCAACUGAUCUAAUGCUAGAUCAGAGCACUUCAGAAAAUAAGUGAACAUGUUUUUUAUAGAAUGUCUUUAUAAAUGCUGUAUACUGUUCCUUUUAAGUUACAAUUGACUAUAGAAAGUAACCUUUAUUUGGUUAUAAAACUUUGUAAAAACUUAUUUUUCUGAAUGUUUUGACAGCCUCCUGAAGAUUUUGCAAACCAACUGCGUAUUUUCUUGUAAAGUAAGGUACUUUAAGACACAUACUACAGCUUAAUUAGAAACAGUUCCUCUAGACCGUAUUUAUUGCUACUUCACUUCUCAUUUUGUGAUACUGAAAGAGAGCUGCUCUUGAAGCAGUAGUUAGAAGUUACUUGUAUAUUUAACCAGAAGCACAUGUAGAAGAUGAUUACCUAAUGACCAUGGUUAAUUUAAACCAUUUGAAGUUGAUAGGACCUAAGAUGCAUUUUUAAAUUGUACAGAGUUACAGAAUAAAUUAAUGGAGUAAUUCUUGAAUAGCUGUACUGUAUAGAAACUACUGUGAGAAUCAAAAAGUAUGCCCUACCUCUAUUUUACUUCCCUUGAGCUUCUGAAAAAAUGGCUUCCUUUUGCUAGUUUGAUCAGCACAAUCGUUACUUCAUUACAAGAGCAACCAGAGAAGUUUUCAAGCCCUGCUGUAAAGCCACAUCUUUGGGUUUCAUCUCAUUUUCUGUCAGUUUAGAACUUGUUAUUAGAGUCUCCGAAGAUUGACUCUACCACCAGUAGAAAUGCUAGGCAUCACAAAUAGUUGCAAGAUAAGCCUUAAAAGUCUUUUCAUCUAAAUUCUCUUCUAAAUAGGUUGAAAAGGCUUGUUUAUUUUAUGCAAAUCACUGAAUUAACUUGCAUUUUUGCGAUCCUCUCUGUUUUUACUUUCACCCUUGCCAUUUGUUUUCCUCGAAGCUAACUGGUUGAAGCAGCUUUAGAGUGAAUUGAUUCAAUGUGUUGUAGUACAGUAGAGAAAAUUUGGUGUUUUCUCAGGGCUACUGUUGUCUUCUCAAGUGGAACCACUUCUCUGGAGGGAAGUUGUGUGAUAAUUUUUCUUCUAAAGUAAAAUGUAAGGCUCAUUUUGAAUGUGUAAUUGUUUUCAGCUCAAUCAGCCAUGUGAGUGCCUUUUAAUUUUUUCAUAUAAUGCCACUUUUACUGGUACUGGGCCUUUAUCCAUGAGGUUUUCUAACCAGUGUUGCUUACCAGAGAAAUGGCAGGUAAUUUUAUUGGCCAUAGAGAUGAUCCCUUCAACCCAGUGUAGAUAGAGAUGCCAGGAAAACAGCGUCAGUUUUCUGGCUUCCUAUCCCUGUAGCCCUUAGCUUGGGGUAAUGUUUUUGGAUUUCUUGGUCUCAUCCCUCCAGCGUGGUCUUUCUAAGUAUUACGCACAGUUUUAUUGUAUCGGUAUCUCCCUAAAAAUCAUGCAAGUUUUUAGUCAGAUAAGUACAGGUUAUUUCUGGCCAAAGAAUUUUUAGAUUAAACUAUUCCAAGUUAGUAUGGAUAUUAAACUUAACCACUUCCACCUUUCUAGUUUUACUUUUAGGGUAACUGCAAUUUAAAUGAGAGGGGUACUUCUACAAUAUAUUUUGAAUAUUUAGCAAGCUGGUAUGAACACAUCCUCAGUGUUCUUUACUGAAGCUAGCAGAGGUUUAAGUGUAAACACUUUUUCAUUAUUUUUAGUAAAGCCUCAAUAAAUUUAACAGUUCCAAGAGAAGCAGCACUGAUAUACUUUCUUUGUCUUAUAGUUCAAUGCAGAUUUUCAAAGGAUGUUCAGAUGUCUGACCUGCCUUUUGAAGAUCCUUCUCUCUCUCUCUGUAGUGUUCUGCAAGCAAGCACCUGUGUGAUUCUACCAACACCUCUGUUCAUAAUUUGAGACAGUGUGGAAAGAACAUGAGACCACACUGUCCCACUUACUCUCAGCCUGUAUAUUAAGAACAGAAGUUCUCUUCUGGUUCCUCAUAACGAUUUAAAUAUUCCUUCGGUAGUACUGUGAGAUUCAUACUUGCAUUUGAGUUGUUGGUAGUAUACAUGCAAGGUGAUUAGAUUGCCUGUAAGGGUUGUAAUACUAACUCUUUUUCUCUAUCCAGUAUAGGUCUUUAGGAAAAAAAAUACUUCCAGAGAAGCUGGAAUAACUCCUUGUUUCUAAAUGUUUCAGAAUAACGGUGGGAUUUUAACAUUUGGAACUAAUUAAAGUGUCUUUUAUCUAGAGCAAAUCUGUGCUUCUUAAAAGACUAGAUGGUGUCAUAUGUAUUCAGUCAUUAACUUACAGUAAUGCCUAAAUUUAUAUUCAACCUGUUUUUAAAUAUCACUUUCUCUGUUCACGUUCUGGAUACUAGAUGUGUAUAAUCCUGAGGAAACAGUUUAAUUGAGCUUCAGAAGAGAGAUGAAAAUCAGUGCGGUUCUGUUGAGCAGGCUGUGGUCAGCUUUUUAUCCUGAGUCCAUUUGCACACAGGAAGAGACUAGUUCUUUCCCUUGUCAGUGUUGUCCUAGCAACAGGGCUUUCUACAUCCUCUUUUUAUUAUUAUUCUGUAGGUUUAAAAAAACAUGUAAUAUAUAAUAGAGCUUUGCUUAGGUUAAAAAGUGAACAAAAACCUGUGGGUCAGACUAGAAGUAGGUGUAGGUCACAGUGCAGAGCUAGGAACACGCUUGACACAUACAGUAACUGUUUGGGUUGUAUUAAUUUUUCCAUUUCCCAUAAACGCACAGGGAGAGGGGGCAGACUUAACAAUCAUUAUGGAUACGAUGGGUGAAAUAAGUCCUCAGACAUGACCAUGGGAGGUAAAAAUUGCUUUAUCGCAGUAUAGAGGGAUAAUUCCCUGCUUACAUUCUUUAAGUUUCAUUCAUAUAUUCCAAAGUACAUCACCUGUAUUCUGUCAUCUGUGAUAAAAUUACUUAAAUGAAGUCUGCAAAGAAGCCUGUUUUAUUAGUUUUACUUCACACAUGUAAAGCAUGUUAAGUAUUCUUAAAAACACACUUUCUGAAAACAUCUCAAUAGAUGCUGUAAUAUAUUUGUAAUUAUUAAUUGCUAAUGGAAUAUGUUUGAGCAGUCUAGGUUUGCAUACCCUGAAUGCCAAAUCCUGCUCACUUUAGUUACCCGAGUAGAAGAUUCUCUUAAAUGGGGGCUUUUAAACUAAUGAGCAAGAUUUGGCCUCAAGGUCUUCUGCCUGGGGAACACAGUAAUGCUACUUUGCAUAUUCCUGCUGGUGCUAAAUCAUUUGUUGAAAAUAAAGAUUCUAAAUAGAAAUUGUAAAUAAAAUAUUUAUGGCCUGGUCCUUUUGAUGGGCGUAAAAUUUAUCAUUUGCGAAUAUUUUUUGGCCUUAUUUCAAGUUUCCCUUUUGUUUUUUUCUUAGAGUAUGUGGAUUGUGUUUGUUAAUGUGGCAAGUCAUUGGCAGGUUUGGCUUCCUGUGCUGCUUUCUGUAAGGCCCGUAACAUUCCCAUUGUGCAUUAUGAUAUGGAUGAUUUUUCAUUGCUGGAUUUCAGUGUUAACCUUCACCUUGUUUUGUCACUGUAGCUGUUUAAACAAAUACUAUCAAGUAAAAAACAAUUGGCAUUUUUUCUCUGCUAAAAUGUUGGGAAAAUCAGCUGUUACCUUAAGCAUUUGGGGUAGUUGUUGAAAAUGCAAAAAUACCCAUUUAAAAUAUUUUUAAAGGCUAAAUGCGUUAAUUAGUCUUGCCUGUAAAAUAAACUGAAAUUUGGUGUGCCAGUUGCUAAUCUUUGCAAUAAAUUGCUAGCAUUUCCCAAUUCUUCUAGCAUCAAUUUAAGGACAUUGUAAAUACAAGCUUUGGGAGGAGGUAUAUUAGUUACAGAUUGUGCAUUACAGAAGAACUUAAUUAUAAGACUAGUGAAUUAGUAUUUUGAGACAUACUAAAUUAUGACAUCUAGAACAUGAAAAUUAGUGUGUUGAUGUUAUAGAGGUAGGAUAUAGAGGGCUUUGGAUAAUCUGCACUUUUUUACAUCCCUGAGUUUUGGCAUUUUAACAAGUGAGUAUUUAAUUUUCCAUCUACUGUCUCAUCAUAUGCAGGCCUUCUAAUCACCAAUUGCUGUCUUCACGUAUUUGUUUUAGUUGGUUAGCAAAACGGACAGGCAAAUUUAUAAAUUGUAAACCCUUGUAGGAUGGAAGUUCUCCGAAGAGCCAUUUGGUUAAGUUGCCUUAUUCUAUUACAUUGCACUCAUGUUAUGUCUCCACUUUCUUGUUUACUGUUCAGACACUGAAGAUGUGAUGUAAAAAUAUGUGCUACAAAUUUUUAUUCAUAAAUUACUGAUUAAUGCCUUUGUGUCACCUGUUAAUACAACUCUUGUAAAUGAUACCUUUAUGCCAUCUGCAAUACAGCUCUUGUAAAUUGUUUAAAUUAUUUUUCUUUUUAUAGAUUCUCGUUAUUGAAUGUACAGAUUAGAUCCCUUUAACAUGUCACUGAGUAAUUUGACUGGGGCGCAAAUAUGGCCAAUGCUGUAAUUCAUCCCAUCAAAACUGUAAAUAAUUCUUUACUGCUUGUUUGCAUGAAUGAAGUUUCGAUUUCAUUUACUUUGUCAUAACCCAAAUCCUCCAUAAUGGGCCUACGUUUUACAGUUUAUUUUCCUGAGUUUAUUACCAUUUGUUCUGUAUGAAUGUUGAAACAGUACUUUGUCUUUUCCUAAUAAAUAAUUUGAGAUUGUUCA